GAUAUGUCUGACAAGGUUGAAGAUAAAGUAGCUGAAUUGAAUAUUGCUCCUGCCGAGCAAGUCAUUACUCCUUGGGACGUUGAAGGAGCAGUUGUAGAUGGUGAAGCUCAAGCCAUCGAUUAUGACAAGUUAAUUAAAGAUUUUGGUACUAAGGCUAUCACUCCCGAAUUUUUGGAAAGAUUUGUUGCUGUUACUGGUCGUGAACCACAUCCAUUUUUGAAGAGAGGUGUCUUCUUCUCUGAAAGAGAUUUGGGUCGUAUCUUGGACUUGUAUGAACAAGGUAAGCCAUUCUUCUUGUAUACUGGUAGAGGUCCAUCUGCUGGUAUGCAUUUGGGUCACAUGGUUCCAUUCGAAUUCACCAAAUGGCUUCAAGAUGUUUUCGAUGCUCCUUUAGUUAUUGAACUUACUGACGAUGAAAAGUUUUUAUUCAAGCAAAAGUUGACCAUUGAAGACGUUAAGAAGUUUGCCAGAGAAAAUGCAAAGGAUAUUAUUGCAGUUGGUUUCAAGCCAGAAAACACCUUCAUUUUCUCUGACUUGGAAUACAUGGGUAAGGGGUUCUAUGAAAAUGUUGUUAGAACAUCUAGACAAAUUACCACCACUACUGCCAAGAAAGUGUUUGGUUUCACUGAUAUGGAUUGUAUUGGGAAAAUUCAUUUUGCUAGUAUUCAAAUUUCUGCUGCUUUCCCAUCGUCAUUCCCAGAUGUCUUGGGAUUACCUGAUAAGACUCCUUGUUUAAUUCCUUGUGCUAUUGAUCAAGAUCCAUACUUUAGAGUUUGUCGUGAUGUUGCUGACAAGUUGAAAUACACCAAGCCUUCAUUGAUUCAUGCAAAGUUUUUCCCUGCCUUGCAAGGAUCCACCACUAAAAUGUCUGCUUCUGACACCAAUUCUGCUAUCUAUAUGGAUGACACUGCCAAUAUUAUCAAGAAGAAGAUAAAUAAGCAUGCAUUCUCUGGUGGUAGAGCCACUAUGGAAGAACAUAGAGAACUUGGUGGUAACCCUGACGUUGAUGUUGCCUACCAAUACAUGUCAUUUUUCACUGAUGAUGAUGAAAAAUUAAAGGAAUGGGAAUCUGGUUACAAGAAGGGUGAAAUCUUAUCUGGAGAAAUGAAGAAGGAAUGUAUUUCUGUCUUGCAAGAAUUUGUUGCUGGUUUCCAAGAAAGAAAGGCUGCAGUUACUGAUGAAAUUGUCUCCAAGUUCAUGACCCCACAUCAACUUGUGUUUGGACAAAAGGAAAGAUUAGUUCCUGUCAAGGUUAAGGAAGAAAAGAAAUAG